GGCGUCGCGGUCCAGCCGCGGCGCAGGUGGCUACACCGCUACGGGCAAGCCCCCGCUAACAGCGCGGCACCCAAGGUUGACAUUCUGAUGCAGAUGCCUAGGCCUAGCGCCAUUACUUGUGGCGGGAGACGUUCGCUCGGCUGUGUUUUUUUCUCACCGACCUGGCGUGCACGGCUCGUAUUCGGCGUCGUCUCUCAACUGCGAACGUGGCGACAGCCUGCGACGCCAGCACGGGCAGCCAUGCUGUCAGCAUGCCAGUAGGCAGCCGGCGCACAGCUGGCGAAGGCCGCCAGUGGGCUGAGCCUGCAGCAGCAGCCGUGACCACGCAUGAAGCCCGCAAGGCGCAUCGGGCUAAUCUGGCCACAGUGGCAAGGUGCCGUGGAACCCCAGGCAUGCGUGGAUCAUCAGAGAACAGAGGAAACAAUGGUUCAUACAUGGCCAUGAGAAAGCUAGACAAGCCACGGUUUGCCAGUCCACUAAGAAAGAAAAACUCGAUGACAAAUGAAGAAAAAAGACUGUUGAAACGGCCGAGGGACUCCGGCAGCUUUGGUGGCUGUGACAAUGACACCAGCCUCAUCACCAGCGGCCGGUGCAUACAGCAGGCUCGGCAGAAGCCAGGGCGCCAGUGUUGCAAAAAGACUCGCAUCUUUGCCACAGAUGACACCCCCAGUGAAGUGACAGAGCCGUCAGGCCCUGAGGAUGCACUGUUUUCACCUGUCUACCAACUUUUCAAUGAGGCAGCCACAGACACGAAGCUGGGCUUCCAAAGUCUUGCAGUUGAUCCUUGCCCAAAUUCUGAUGAGGAAGAGCCACUGCCUGUGGAUGAGCUGCAGUCAUGCGACUUAGAUCAGCUGGUUGACCUCAAGUCCGAUGUAAGUGCCGAGUGCCCGUAUGUGGAGCAGGCAUCUGCAGUCUACAGUCCCGAGUGUGCCACGGCCGAAGAGGCCAAGGUUGCCGAGGACUGGGACACCUUCGACCCCUAUUACUUCAUUAAGCAUCUGCCGCCAUUGACACCUGAAAUGCGUGCCCGCUGCCCUGCGUUGCCACUGAGGACACGAAGUAGUCCAGAGUUCUCGCUUGUGCUGGACCUGGAUGAAACCUUAGUGCACUGCAGUUUGGUGGAACUGGAAGAUGCAACAUUCACCUUUCCAGUCACCUUCCAAGAUGUAGAAUACAAGGUGUAUGUUCGAACGCGCCCUUUCUUUCGUGAGUUCUUGGAGCGGGUGUCCAAAAUAUUCGAAGUAAUUCUCUUCACGGCCUCCAAGAAGGUCUAUGCGGACAAGCUUCUGAAUCUCUUGGAUCCUCAGCGGAAGCUUAUCAGGUUCCGGCUCUUCAGGGAGCACUGUGUGUGUGUCAGUGGGAAUUACAUCAAGGACCUGACCAUUCUGGGCCGAGACCUCGCUAAGACCAUCAUCAUCGACAACUCACCGCAGGCAUUUGGCUACCAGCUGGAGAAUGGCAUCCCGAUUGAGUCAUGGUUCAUGGACAGGAAUGACAGGGAACUCCUGAAGCUUCUGCCGUUUCUUGAGAGUUUGGUGUCAAUGAGGGAUGAUGUGCGGCCCCACAUCUGCAACAAGUACCAUCUUGCAAGCUUCCUUCCCCCAGACUAAAGAAUGCAGGGCCACGAGACAUCGACACCACAACAGCCCACACUACUUGGAGGACAACCGGACAGGAAAGCAUCAUUUAGGAAGCAGUUCUUUGUACAUAAGUAGUCUGUGCCGCAAAAUUUGUUUUUUCUUUCUUUCUUUUGGCACGACAACAGUUUAUUACAUCACUGCAUCUCAGCAUACAUACCGCUUUUAUGAAAAGUUUUGCCAUUUGGUGUUUGUUCGUAGCCCUGUCCUGAGAAAGAGCAGAGUGCUUGUGAUGCAUGCCUGUAAGAAGCCUAGACUGAAGAAGCCUAGACUGUUUGCAUGAUAGGAGACAUACUGGCGCUUUCUCCUAGCUGUGUUGUUCUACAUCUCAAGGGAGGUGUAGAGGGUUUUGGCAUAGUAGAGACGUAACAGCAUAGAGACAUGCCACAGUACUGAAAGGUGUAUCUGGGAACAUUUGCUGCACUUGUGGUGACACCUUGUAAGACUGCGAUAAACUUUAUUGUGCUAGAAACAUUUUGUUUGUUUAGCAUAGCACACUCCUUCCCACCUCAAAAAAGACUUCUUACACAAUUGCAUAACUCAGUACUGAAGGAGAGGCAUGAAAGUAUCUUCGCGAUGCUUUCAACACUUUUAUGCCAGCAGAUAAAUGUAAAAUAGCUGGACAUUAGUAUCACUUGUUGGGAGCUGGGGACGCUGUCUUGUUCAACUAUUCCUGAACUAUUUCACGGCAUGGGGGAGGCCAUUAGCAGUACGCAUUUCCAGCAUCUGGUCUUACUCUUGAGAAACUGACUGAGCCAAGUGCUGCUUAGAUUUGGCCAUGUGACGAGAACCAGUGUGUACUUGGUUAAUGAAGACAGCUGGGCUAGUUGGUGCAUUCUAUAUUGCCGAGACGUAAUUAGGCACAGGAAAAGGCGAAGGAUAGGAAGAAGUAGACAGGACAGUGCGCUAACUUUAACCCUCCCAGGGCCAGGGUCAUUCUUUUGUCAGAUUGAAAUUUUCCUGCAACUUAUUUCGAGAAAAAACAAGCAAAUCAUUUUUUGGAUAGCAAUAAUGAGUUUUAGAUUUUGCGCACACAAAGUAAGGGGACGCAAAUCACCACAUGUACAAAAGCAUGCAAAAUGGUAUACAAAAGGAUGCAAGCAGGGCAUGGUGGUUUUGGGUACACGGGCACUCGGGUGUGCUAUUUCUAAACCUCCCCAAUAAAGCUACAACAUAAUUUUUAAUGUGGGCAUUUUUAUACGUGGGUUGGCGUUAAAUACAUGGGCAAACUAUCACAAUUAAAAUUUUUGAUAAUCAAAUAAAAUUCACACAAUUUAUUUUUGUGUUCAAAGUAGGUUUGACACAACUAGGGCCCCACUUCUAUUCUGAUAUAUUCCAUUUCAUUUUCAACUUUCAUCUGUUGUGUUGAAGGCGUCACUCCAGCGAAGGCUGUGGUGCAGCAGCCUAUGAGCCACAUCUAAACUAAUAGCAACGAGUCAAAAGAAUGAAAAUGAAGCGGAUCGUUAAAGAACACCGCCCGAGGGCCACGUGGCCAUAGCGAAAGCGAGGCAUACUGCGCGAGCGCCCGCAAAAAGAAAAAAAGUCAUGUACGCCCGUCAGAAAAAUGAAGCGAGUGAGAAACUUGCAGUAACCAAUUUCAGAUUUCUAAAUGAGAUUCCAUUACUUAUUGUGCAUCUCGGGAAGAAAGAGAUGCACUUGUGGCAUUAUCGCGAGUUUGUGAACGCUCGCCUAUAAACAAAGUAAUCACACACCUACGGGAGAGUGCAGGCGAGCAUCUCAUGCUAAUGCUUUCAGUAGUAAGGAACGCGAUAGAAAUCAGUUUUUCCAAUGCCUGUAACUCAAAACGACACACACAACAAUGCCAACUAUAAAUUGCGCAAGCACGCGCAUGUGCAUGCAGAAGUAAACUAGGCAGAGCGGGAAUACUUCCAAACUACUACAGUGGUUCUGGCUGAAUCAGUUUUGACGAAAGCCAAGGGGUGGCAGCACAAUAAGAAUUUUUUUCUAGAAGUCACGAAAGGUUUCAGCACCUCUGGAGCGAUGCACAUUAAUGUUCGGUUGCUGCCGUACAUGUAUGGCCAUAACCACUUGGGAGUUGUCACCGCCGCCUGCAUGUAUGGUGUUGACCCUCAAAGGUUUGACACCACUUUAGUUAAAGUUAGCGCUCUGUCCUGUUAGUCUUUUAUGUCUUCCUGCACCAAAUUAUGCUUCGGCGUACUUGGCAUGACAUAGCCAAGGUCAAGGAGAGAGUGCUGUGCACUUUGACUGAACGCGGUCUCACAUGUUGUUGCCAACAACGCUGAUGUACACACCUAUGCCAUCCAGUACUCUGUUAUUCGUCUCUGCUAUGAAGUCGUAAAUGUGCCAGAACUUUCUACUGAGUGUUGAAGUAAUAUUUUACGUUAUUGUGUUAUUUGGUGCUUUGUGCUAAAUCUCAUAAGGUGAGGCUUUUAUCUGCUCUAUGUAUACCGUUGUUUUUAGCUGCAAAUAUUUUUGUUGGUUUCUGUGCAAUAGCAUUUGCUUAAGAAAAAAAAUGCGUGAUGAAAAAAUGUGCAGUAGGAAGGGAUGGAGAAGAAUUCUAUAUAAAAUUAAGACUUUAUUGUUUUUUAACUGAUGUGAUACAGAAAUUUGAACAGCUGCCUAACCUAAGUGCAGUGCAAACUUAUAUAUGUAAGAGUUUUAGGAUAUGCCAAGUUUUAAUUGUAUUUUGUUUUAUGCCUGGUGUGGCAUGUGUCACUGCCCCGGGAGUUUAGGGCAGGGCCAACUACAGCAUUAGUAGCUGAUGCCGUUGUCAUGAAGAGGAAAAUAAUUUGUUGUAUUGUUUUUGUUUGUUUGUGUGCAAUGCAAUGCUUCAUCUGAGACAGCAAAGGCCCGAGACUGUUUUCAGAAUGUAUAAAUCAUAAGCCCGGUUUUAUUGUUCAUUUGGACAGAUUGCUUGUGGCAGGAUUCAUGUCAUGUGUCCGUUCUUCCUUGCAUUUGAUUUCACAAGCAGCUCAGUUGUACUGAGCCACACAACAGAGAGAGAAAGAAACUAACAUACUUGUGUAAGUUCAGGCCAGAAUUGCCAGAAGAACAGUACAUGAAAUGAAAGAAAAAAAACAUUUUGACACCGCCAACCAUCAUCUGUUUGUACAGUGACCCACAUACGUGAGCCAUCAGCAUUAAAAUGUCUUUCAUGUUUACUUCAGAUUCAUAACACUCAAAUCUCGCACAGAAGCUGCAUUUUGUAGCCUUGCAUUAAUAGAUCUGGCAUUGGUGCGUGCUUGGUUUAUUUGGUAGUAAUGGAAAACUACCAUCGCCUGCAAGCCUGGCCAGCCAGUUGGACUGGUGCUGCUAUGAGGGGGGGUAAACAAAACUAUUGGCAUGGGAAACAGCAAGGGCCAUGGGCUUAACAGGCAACUUAACUCACACUCUUAAAGUCCAAAUUGCAGAGGAGGAUGGCUUUCCACUUUUUGCCAAAUGAGCUUGGCAAGUGUCAGUGCCAGAUGUGUUGUUAGAAAGGAAAUCCUCACUCACAACAAAAGCUCUGUAUAAGAGCCAAUUGAAACUCGUGUGGUUGGUGAGGACAAGCCAUACAGAUCUGGGGCAUGCAAAGACACAGCACUGCAAAUAGACUGUAUACCCCUGCAAUUUUUUUACUAAUAUUGUGCGAGUGUCAACCGCAAGGCGUGUCAGCGGACUUGUAGCGGAAAGGGGCGGCGGGAUCGGCGAAUUUAUGUGCAGGCACACAAUUCGAUUUCCAGUUUGAACGUAUUCUGCUGUGCGGUUUGCUCCAGAAGUGCCCCUUGCCGCUACACGGCCCCCGACACAUUGUGCGGUCAACCCUCACGCAAUAGUAUUAAAAAAUUGUAAGGGUGUACACAUGGUGAGCAUUGAUGCUGUGUGUUUUCGAUCUGCACUUUAGUAUAGUUUACUCAAUGUGAGAUGUCAGUUCUACCAAGUUGUACUUCUUUAAAACUUUGCCCAAAUAAGCAUAAUGCCACGGACACAUGAAAAAAGAAGGGAUAAAUUCAAAUAAGAGUGGAAAUGUCUGAAGAUACCAUGGUGAUCUGUUUGUGUGGCUGGCUGGGAACUUUGUAGGGGAAGGCCAACAGCAUCUGGUAUAUUGGCCACUGAAGAACAAAACAUUCUUGUUCCACCCUUUCUUUUAAAAAAAAUGUAUUUGAGUUGACUCAUUCAACGUUAGUUUGCCGGUGGCUGUUCACAUUCACAACUGCCUGGAUUGGCAGAAGUGUUGCACCAGCAGAAAGGGGGCUUUCGUGAGUGACAUGAAUUUUGUUUCUUGUUUCAUAUACUGAUGGGAGCCCAUUGGCUGCUUUGACUGUGUCAAUACAAAACUUGCUAUUACUUAUAUUUCAUUCUUUCGGUGAAGUGCAAUUUCUGUAAGUUGUCAAGGAGACAACUGUAAUGGCUAGCAAUUUGCUAAGAGUAUGUUAAGUAUGCUGCAAAAUGUGUAGCAAUGCUAAGAAUGCUUGUGAGUGCAUUCAUGAUACAAAAAUAUAUGUAUAGAAAAUUUAUAACACUGGUAACUAAUGUGCCAAAAACAGAACGCUAAUGCCGACAAACUUUUCCCAGUGAACCUUGAAAACCUGACCUGCUGUACCUGCUGCAAAAAUAUAUUAAUAUGUGCAAAAAAAAGAAAGGUGUGAAUGUGUUGUGGUUUUUGUUCUAUGCUGAAAAGACUAGCAGAAAGUUUUUAUUAUUAUAUUAGUUGUUAUUAUUUCAAUGCCUGAAUCACAUAUCAUUAUUUCUCAACAUGCAUAUUGAUCAUACUUGCUGUCCCCAAAAUCGGUUUGUAAGAAUAGCUUCUUACAGCGGGUGCCCUUGCCAGAGAAUUUGUAUUAAUGAGUAACUAACAGCAAAGGGAAAAUGUUUCAACAUGCUGUAGACUGUUGAUAAAAGUGCAAUCUCUAAUUCAUAUGGCCAGAUAAAAAAGGCCAGUCGAGAAAAAAAAAAGUGGGGGAAGAUUUUUUUUAAGGUAAUGAUUCUAGUUUCAGUACUGAAAAGAAACAUGCAGAGUAUGUAAAAUACAAAGUGAAUCCACUGCAGGCAAUAUCCAUGAGCUAGUUUCCUCACAUGGUUUGAACAUCACCACUAAAAAGUGCCCUGCACUUGGGAAAACAAAUGAGUCGCUACAGAUGUGCUCCUUGCUUAUGCACACUUUCGAAGUGCAGGUGCUGCCAUUCAAGUAGCGGUGUUCGAGCCAUGUAAAGAGGAGCCUUCUUGUGCAGGUCAUUUGCAUGUUGUAGGACCGAGGAGGGACGGCAUUGCUUGUUUAUGCACAUAAGCUGAAAAGCGGUAGCACUACGCUGUAGCUCUGUGCUGAUGUGGGUAUGCUUGGCAAUAUAAGAUCACGUAUAGUGUGAUUCAGUCACAUGUUUAUCUAUAAAUGCCUUUACAUAUUACUGCUGUGAUGAGUUCUCAUGGAACGUGCAGUGGAGUAAACGCACCUACACCGUGCUUGACUCUCGGAGAGAAAGAAUGUUGUGAAAGUAUUGUACCAGAGAGUGUCAAGGGAGUACACGGCAUGCCGAGUGGUGCACAUUACAAUCUGGCUCGAAAGAGUGGAACAAGUUUCGGGAGCCUACAUUACUGCUUUCGGCUGCAGUUAUACAUUUAUCAGCAGAUUUUAUCUUUCACACAUUUUGAAAAAAAAAGAAUAAUAUCGAGAUGUUCCGCAUGCGGUCCACAGUGAUCAAUAACAGCUAUUCCACAUAUCUGUAUUCCUAUGGAAACCUGAAAUUUAUAUAGAAUCGAUAUUAUGACUCGUAAGAAAGAGUAAGAUAGGAAUUUAUGGAAAACAUUAAAUUUGCAAAAAUUGUUUUUGAUAUAUGUGAGCCUUGUUCACCAAAGGUUUUUCUGCGAUCUAGAUUCUCAGACAAUGCAAGAUGCAGUCCCUGGGCUCAAAAAAUGCUGCGUCUCAUGCAAGUUGUGGCUUACUGCAGUCUCCUUGAAAAGUCAUAAUGUGGUUCAUCAUAACUUGGUCGAAACUUUCAGCCAGUAUUUGAGUAUGUACUGAAACAGGGUUGGCUGGCUUGGCGAAUAUAUGGUUGAGGUGACUGCUGGCUUGCAUAUUUGUGUGCUGAAGUGGAAGAGUGGCCACAGCAGUUUAACCUGUGCUAUAUCAUUACAUGUUAUCAUACCAUGCCAGCUGUAAAAACUGUGUAUGCUUUUAGACGUUCCGAUGAGAAGGCUUGUCUCUCUAGAUUGUUGUUUGUUAGCUAUGGCACAUUGUUAAUGAGCGUAGCUGUUGUCUGUGUGCUGCUGUUGGUUCUUUGGAGAGUUUAAGAAAGCUCUUGGUGAAACGGGAAUGCCAGGGAAUGGGAAAAAAAAGAAAAAGAUAAACAAAAAAGGAAACUGAAGAUAAUGAAUGCAUAUAUGAGAGUGCCAUUAAACGAUGUGUAAAUGUGUGCACUUAUCAGAGGAUCUCACUAUCAUUUCUGUACGCUGUGUGCUGGCCAAUUUAUGGCGUAUACAAGGAAAGUCUCAGGCAGGGUUGAGUGUGUCGCUUCUAAAUGUUGUGAAACUUGCUGCUUGUGUUUUCUUGUUAUUGUUCUUGAGAGAGUAGGCACAGCGCAAAGGUGAUGUGCUGUUCUGAAAGCGUGCUGAAGUAUGCAAAAAAAAAAAAAAGGGGCAUCUAUGGAAGUUAGCAUUUGUUGAGCUGACCUUUGUGGCAUUUGUCCCAUACACUAAACCCCCGAAAGGCACAAAGGACAUUGGCUUGCGUGCGCUUCUAGUUUGUGCCGUUUGUGUUAAGGUUUUGAAUUAAGUAAAAAAUAAAAUACAAUCUGUUCCACAGCAGAGCUUAGAGGCUGAAAUUGAGGCUGCAAGUGUUUUUUAAGGCUGCCAAAUUUCCUGUCCUGCUUUUUGUUUGUACUCUUUCCCUACAUCUGCGUCCAUGAAGACUGCUAAAAGUAGUACUUUUUGUAUCUGACGGAGAUUCAUCAAAUUAGAAUAAUUUUCGUGGUAACCUGCCUUCAGUUGCGUUUAAUGUUACUUUGCUGGCUUGUCACUUCAUUAGUCAAUAUUUCAAAGAAAAUCCUAAAAGGGGGUGCGUUCUACCCUCUAGCUGUGCCCAGUGUGUGCUUUUCUCAAGUCAUCUCGCUUGUAAAGAUUCUGCACUCAAUACCUCAGCAUCGGCACCCGCCUCACCCAUGUCCCACUUUUACUCUGGAUGUCUCCUUUUCCUUGGCUUUUGUGGGGGCACUUUCACGUGCAUAGGAGUGCCACAGCCAGAUGGAUAAUCUAUCAUACUAGCCUAGUUUGACUAUUAUCAUCUAGAUGUCAUUAUAGCUAUACUUCACAUUUUAUACUCUGGGCGGGGGUGAAAGAAUAAACAAAAAGAAGGGGGCCAGUGGUCUAGACGUGUACAUUAUCUGCUGUGUUGAGUGUGAAAAGCAGCAUGCAGCGCAGGGGUACCAGAGACCGCACCAGGCUGUUUGAGUAGUUGUGUUGCUAAUGGAAAUUUUUGCGAUAGUGCCUGAUCUCCGUACUCCAGCUGGCAAAACUAGACAGCGUUACAGUGUUUCCCAUGCAUGCCUUCCUUUGUGAUUUGGCAAGUGCAAGUUGUGGUGCGAAAAACACUUUGAAGGAGAAACUCCUCUGUUGCUUGUCUGCAUUAUCACGUGACUGAAUAAGGUCACUUCAAGGCAUGCAUAUGAGGGAAGAAAAUUGAUAAGUGUCAUCUAGUGGCAUACAGUGCAAGUUUCCAUGGCAACUGUGGUUGCAGAAUGGAAGCAGGUCUGUUGCAUUCGCCUGCUGUUGGACAAUGCCAGCACACGUGAAUGGCUCAGUGUCACCAGUAGCCUUUGUGAGGCUACCUGGCUAAGCUGGAGUUUCUGCUCCCAAAUGUUGCUUGCUCCACAAGUCUUGGUUGUAGGGGGAAAUGUUUCCGCAAAUGUGUUAUCAAGGACCGAAAUCUGAGUAAUUGUUGGUACGCUUGCAUAAAAGCUUUAUGCUGAAAGAGUGCCGCUAGAAAAGGAAAGAGAUACACUAAAAUAUCAGUUGAGAAUCUAAACUGUGAAGAAAAGGAAAUGACAGAGAGAUGCUCCCGUAAAGGACACUUGAGGAUGCACGAGUAAUUUGUGCAGAUGUAGCCAGAGUCCAAAUGGAGCUGUGCGUCCAGUCGGUCACUUAAAUGGUGGGCAAGAAGUACAGGACACAUCGUGUCGAUUGAGAACAACAUGCCUUCAGUGCUUUUUCUACUCCCAUCGUAUUAAACUGCAAUUUCCAUAUAGAAGUGCCACAUAAUUUGUAGCCGAUCUUCCUCAUGUUCGAAAAAUACCCAAGUUUUACUCUAUAACCCACACUGGCUCUGUAUGCCAAGCUGAAGCAGUGGCAUGCACAUUCGGGUUGAGUAUGACGAGAACUGCCUGCAUUUGUUUGAGGCAGCCCAGGUCAUUAGUAUUUUGUACAGUACACUGAAGAAGUCUCACCUCUUCGAUGCUAGAAUUUUUAUGCAAGCUUCUGACCAGAUGCGUCUAGACAGUCGUAGUGCUCUUGUGUAGUUAACAAAAAAUGUUUGGUAAUGGCAACACUUUGCGUUGCACUGUUGGCGUGCUCUUCUCUCGACUUCAAACUGCAGUUUUAUUGCAGUCAUGCAGAACUUGUAGAAAUCAAAAUCUCAAAACUUUGUGCUGUGUGUAAUGCGACUGAAGGAGCCAAAUGUUGAGCUUUGAGCCUGCUGCUCAACUAGAUUGAGCAUCUCGGAUUAGGAGCACUAUUGCACUACAUCUUGUUCUGGCAGUGCCUUGCCCACAAAAAUUGUUUGGGCUUCAAGGCAAGUGAGCUGGUUUUAAGCAACUCUUUGGCAGUUUCGCAACUGCAGUAGGGUUUUUUUUUUUUUUUUUCAAUUUUCUUAAACUGGUUUGUACUAUACCAAUUACAAGAGAAAGUGUACACAUACAGGCAUCACUAAAACCGCUUGUUACUUGCUAUCGUAGAGCUUCGUACUAGAAUUACUGGAGGGAAGCCCCUUGCCAGUGUUGAUAACAAAUAUGGCAGUUUGACCAUGAUGAAAACUACAGGAUGUUAGAAUUGUCUUGCAUCCAUGUGGCCUUCUUUUGUAAUUCUUUUAAAGCAAUUUGUCUUUGCUGAUAUGUGUAAAUGAUAUUGCUUUAGCUCAAACUCCACCUAGCUGUUUCUAGUGCUUCUAAUGUAACGCAAACAAUAAAGUCACAAACUGUCAGAUCUGAGAAGCAUGUGUACAAAACGACAGGUUUCAUUUAUGUGCUCAAGAUUCUGCGCCACACUUAGUUCCAACAUUGAAUUGUUGCUGUAAGGUAUUGCUGGGACGUAAACAAACUAGGUCACUAUCAGUAAUCAUAGAAGUGUAACCAAAUCAGCUCAUGAGAUUAAGGUUGAUCAUUCGAUUAGCAGUUGAAUUGUUGGAACUCUACACUACCCUCCGGUAAUGUUUACAUGAAACUAACUGCUACAUGUAUGCCAGUCUAAAUUUACACGAUGCAAGCAUAUUUUAAGCAGAAGCAUUGUCUGUGCAUACCUAAAAAUAAAAAUUUGAGAAUUUUUCAGCGAAUAGUUCUUGUCAUGAAUUGUUAUCCUUCCCACUUUAUUUGUAACUGCUAGUGAGUACUGCUGUCACAGUUUGCUUAAAUGGAAUCAGCUGUGUACAUUUCUAUGCCCCUGCUGCUGUUUUUGUGCAAUUAAACAUAUAAUUGCGCAUUUAUUAUACUGUCUUUCAUUGAGUCAACCAAAUAAACAAACAAUCUAC